CAUAAUCUCUUCUUCUUCUCGAAGGAGAUAAGAUCGAGUGCUGGGCGUACGAGUGGCACCACUGAGAGACCCCCGGAGCCCCUAUAAAUCCAUCGGCGCCUCCGCUCUCCUCGACGACGACGAGGUCGGACAACAGUGCAACGAAGAAGUAGAAGUGCUCUGUUUUGGUUCGAUCAAGAACAGAGAGCGGACCAUCGAUGGCUACGUUCGCCGCCGCAACUGUUUCCCUUCCAGGGCGCGUGGCGCGGGCGUCUGCGACGAUGGCGGUGGCCGGAAGGAUGCACUACGAGGUGCUCGGGCUGGGCGCGGGGGCCAGCAGGGAGGAGAUCAAGGCGGCGUACCGGCGUCUUGCCAGGGAGGUGCACCCGGACACUGCCGGUGGAGGUGGCGACGAGGACUUCAUCCGGCUGCACGCGGCUUACGCCACGCUGGCCGACCUCGACGAGCGCGCGCGCUACGACCGGGACGUGGCCGGCCGCGCGGCGGGGACCAUGAUGAGGCGGGCUGACUCGACGGGGCCAGCAUUCCGGCGGAGGACGUGGGAGACGGACCAGUGCUGGUAGGACGGCCGGACACACGCAUGUUCUGCUUUCCCGUUCGCCAGGCCGCGGGCCGUUUGGUUCAGACAUGGCGCGCUGUUGUGGUCGUGGUCGUCGGAGGAAAAACCGCGUCAGCUACCGCACGUCGUUCGAUCCUUCUUGGACGGCCCAGAUCAGGUGACGCGUGUGUACCGUGAGACGGCGGGAGACGUUUUUUAGAAGAUCUCCUGCGCGUUCGAUCAUUACCAAGAUGCAAACUACAGUAUGUACUACUAGAUCAAUUAGUCCACUGUAAGUUAACGGCUUAAAGCCAAGAGAUAUGUAUAGUUCUUGGGAAUCACCAUAGGUCAAACUACUGAUCUUUU